CAGGGGGCGCUGCAGAUCCGUUCGGACUCCGGGGCGUCGGUCUCCCGAGCCGCCCACCCCCGAGCGAUGGGCUCGGAGGCAGCCCAGCUGCUGGAGGCCGCUCACUUCGCGGCGCACAAACACCGACAGCAGCGGCGGAAAGAUCCCGAAGAGACCCCCUACAUCAAUCACCCCAUCGGUGUAGCCCGGAUCCUAACCCAUGAGGCGGGAAUCACUGACAUUGUGGUGUUACAGGCCGCCCUGCUCCACGACACCGUAGAAGACACAGACACUACCCUGGAUGAGGUGGAGCUGCACUUUGGAGCCCAGGUUCGGCGCUUGGUGGAGGAGGUAACAGAUGACAAAACUCUGCCCAAGCUGGAAAGAAAGCGGCUACAGGUCGAGCAGGCACCCCACAGCAGCCCGGGGGCCAAACUGGUGAAACUGGCGGACAAACUGUACAAUCUGAGGGAUCUGAAUCGCCGCACCCCUAAAGGAUGGUCAGAGCACCGCGUCCAGGAAUACUUCGAGUGGGCAGCACAGGUGGUGAAGGGGCUUCAAGGAACGAACCAGCCACUGGAAGAGGCGCUGAAGCAGCUGUUCCAGGAGCGAGGGCUGACCCUUUGAUCGAGGGCUUGGUGCAGUCUUGUGGCAUGGCUCCAGCAAGGCGCAGGCAAGAUAGGAUCUUUACUGCGGCGAUUCAGAGCCUCCUCAUCUCUCACAUUCCUUCACCCAGCCCAGACAUCACAGGCUAAACGCGCCUGCGUUUUCUUACUCAGCUGAGCCCCAAUAUGGAAAUCGGAUAUAUCCAUCCAUCCAUGCACCCAGAGCCUUUCCCCAAGUCUUGAGUCUCUCUGCGAUUUUUUAUGGUGGGACCUCUGGCCCCUCAGGGACUUAAGAUUGCAUAAGCAUUGGUGUGGCAAAUAAAGCACUUAGGGCAAAGGCUGAAAUUGCUGGUCCUCCUUCCCUGGUCUCCUGAGAAGAACCGACAUGCUAGAUACUCAUUUCCAAGUGUGUCCCUGGCAUCAUCUCCUUUGAGUUGAGAGCAUCAAUCCUUGGAACGUGGUGGCGUCCUUAUGACUGAGCUGGAUUGUGUCGUUAUGAAGGUCAGAUGAUGUAGUUGAGGAGUCUGGAACGUUCCCUUACAGCAUUUGGGAUGGCAGAUGUACUGGGAGAGAAUGCCACCACUUACUGGCAACUGAAGGACCGAAGACCUCGGUUCCCCAACACCAGCUGCAGCGGGUGCUCAGUUAUUCACAGCUGAUGCCUUGACCCUUAAGAUUGCAGGCUUCCUGCGUUGCUAAGCGGCAAGAGCUUCCGGGGUACCGGGAAGUGGUCCUGACGUUGUCCCGCCCAUAGGGUGGGUGGAGCCUGAGGAAGCAGAAAAAGCUCCCAGCUUUAAAAAAAUUAUUUUUAAUGGUCCGUAAACUGCUGAAGAUUUUUC